GAAGAAGUCGGUCCUCCACUGAGUUAGCUCUUAUUAGCUCAGUGUUGCCAAGUUAGCUUCGCCUGCUAACUGCUAACAGUCCUGUUAGUGUGUGAUGGAGUGGAAGUGAAGCAGAAAAAUGUCCAAAAAAGUUGAGAUUCUGAGAUCGCUGGUGGAGCAGAGACUAACUGCAGCUGUUGAAGAGAUAUUUGGACUGGUGGAAAGAACCAUAGUAGAGUACGAAGAUGAACUUUGUCGAACUAAAGAAGAAAACCAGAGACAAAAACAAAUACUAGACUCAGUUCUGAACUCACAGGUCCUGGGAGAUCCUCCAGGAGUCCAGUAUCUGCCAGUGUUUAAAGAAGACAUUCCCUCUGAGCAGGAGGAGGACUGGACCAGUCCCAGUGUAGACCCAGACCCAGAACCCCCUGGCAUUAAAGAGGAACAGGAGGAGAUGGGGAUCAAUGCCACAGGGCAGAUCAUUCCACUGUCAGAUUUGGUCUCCACGGCGGCGUCUCCUGGGUCUCAUCCAUCUGGACUUCAUUCACCACAGUCACAGAAUACGUUCAUGUGUUUAGAUGAAGAGAGUCCUUCUGGAAAACGCCAGAGGAUGAACUCAGAAACUCUGCAGGUGGAGGGAGUCUUUGCACAAGACGAAGAGCAGGAACCUUUAGACAUCGGUGAGGAGUUUGAGUCCGAUGAUGAGCAACAGGAAUUGGACAUGGACGACGAAGACGCUGUAGAAGACGAAGACCUUCCUGUGUUUGAAUCCUCCUUUGAGAGUUCGGAUGAGUUUUCCGACACCGAGGAAGGUGAGACAACAGUGUCGGAAGGAUGGACCUCCAGAAGUGGGGACAUUCAGUGGGCCCCCACCAAUGUCCGUACGCAGCCGUAUACUCCUGCGCCCUCUGGGAUGGAACCGGGACCCACCCGUUAUGCCACGGCCAUGAUCAGCAGCGUGGUGGACAGCUUCAACCUGUACAUCACCGACGAUAUUCUGAAGCUGAUCGUCGACCACACCAACCUGCAGGGGAAGCGGAGCGUCCGCGGCUGGAGGAACAUCGAUAUCAUCGACCUGCGGGCGUACAUCGGCCUGGUGCUGCUGGGAGGGGUUUACCAGUCGCACAACGAGCCGACGCGCAGCCUGUGGGACGACCACACCGGCCGAGACAUCUUCAGGACCACCAUGGGUCAGAAGACGUUCAGGCUGAUCAACACCUGCCUGCGCUUCGAGGACCGGCAGGCUCGAUCGCCGCACAUGAGGAGGGACAAGCUGGCCGCGCUCCGAGACUUAUGGGAGAUGUGGAACGCCCGCCUCCCGGUCCUCUACAACCCAGGACAGGACGUGUGCGUGGACGAGCAGCUGAUCCCAUUCCAAGGCCGCUGCUUCUUCCGUCGGUUCCACCCGAAAAACCCCGCCAAGAACGGACUGAAGGUGUGGGUGACCUGCGACGUGGACACGUGUUACGCGUGGAGGAUGAGUGUGGAUACGGGGCAGCAGGCCGGUGCCAGGAUGGACCGGAACCGGGGGAAGAGGGUGGUCCUUGACAUGACAGAGGGGCUCAGCGGUGUCACCGUCACCUGCGACAGUCUGGUAUCGUCCUUUGCUCUGGGGGAGGAGCUUCUGCAGAGGAAUGUGGCGCUAUUGGGUAACCUCCGCCACAACAAACCGGACCUUCCGCCUCAGCUCCUGCGAGCCCAGGGUAGAGCCGCCCAUUCCUCGGUGUUCGCCUUCACCAGGACACAUACGGCCGUUUCAUACGUACCGAAACGGGGGAAGAACAUCCUGCUGAUCAGCACCAAACACCGGGAGGCGGCGGUGAGCAGCAGGGAGAAGAGGAAGCCCCUGAUUAUCUGUGACUACAGCCGGUGUAAAGGAGGCGUCUGCAACCUGGAUAAGGUGGUCGGGCCCUACAGCUGCAGGAGGAGGACCGGUCGGUGGCCGCUGGCGCUUUUCUUCAAACUGUUGGACGUCAGCGCCCACAACGCCUUCAUCCUGUGGACGUCUGUGGAUCCGUUAUGGCAACAGGGGAAAAGUUAUCCUCGAAGGCUGUUUAUCGAGGAGCUGGGGAAGAGUCUGGUGGCGCCACAGAUAGCGAGGAGGAACCACCCUCCCCAAACGCCAGGUGGCGCCGCCCUGGCGUUGGACGCUCGGAUCAGAAAGCUUCCACGGCCGACAGCGCGCGCUAAGCUGCAGAAGAGGAGGAGGUGUUCACUGUGCACCAGCAGGAAACAGGUCUUCACCUUCUGCACCAUGUGUGAACGUUCAGUCUGCAGAGAGCAUUACCACAUCGUCUGCGUCCCCUGCCUGAGCUGAACACACCCACACAGGCUGCUGUCGUCCUCUGUCAUAUUAACCCUCAGAUCACAGGUGGCAAACAUGUGGCCCGGGGGCCAAAACCGGCCCGCCAGAGGGUCCAGUCCGGCCCGUGGGAUGAAUUUGCAAAGUGCAAG